CUGUAUUCUGGGCGCUUUUUCAAGAAGCUCCUCGCUUGAGGAGCUUCACUUUGUUCCCAGCAUUCUUCUGGGUUUUUUUCCUGUCUCGGUAUUGGUGCGGCAUUCAAUUUUAGAUGAAAAGUGAGAAGAUUGUGGUCGGAUGAGCUAAAUUACGAUGGAAGAAAGCUGAUGAUUCAACAUUGGAAGAAAUGUUGCUCGGUAAAUAUUUGUCGUCGAUGGAAAGUUUCUGCAAAGUUGCAGAUUGAGGUUGGCGUGUCCAUUGAUCGUGUUCAGUAUAAUUCGAUUUGGCCCAAGCCUCCCAGGUUCCUGAGAGAAAUGGAGUAAUGAUACAGUUCCUUUAUUAUUCGUUGAAGUGGGAGGCUCUGGAAUUCGUCCUUGCUGCGUAUAUAUUGUGUGGAUCAUUCUAGCCUCUAGCUUUCGUACCUGGCAACCUUGUUGAAGAUAUAAGAUCCAAGGAAAAUGUAUACGAUGGGGGAAUUGAAUGUAGAGCAUUCUGAGGAUCAGAAAUUUGAGUCGAAGAACUUGGAGACCAUCAUAUGUGAAGAUAAAAAUAGUAAGAAAGCUGAUAAAUGCACGCCACAAUUAGACAGCAAAUGUAUGCCCAAUGUUUGUCUAGAAGAAGAUGGAAAAGUGAAUGAUUUUCUCGAGAAGGGAUGCUCACUCUUUGGAUGUUCACAUUAUCGGCGGAGGUGCCACAUCAGAGCUCCAUGUUGUAAUGAAAUCUAUGAUUGUCGCCAUUGUCAUAACGAGGCAAAAAAUGGUAUCAAUGUGGAUCAGAAAGAUAGACAUGACAUGCCACGCCAGGAAGUCAGUCAGGUGAUAUGUUCCCUUUGUGGCACUGAACAACAGGUCCAGCAGUUCUGUAUAAACUGUGGUGUGUGCAUGGGGAAAUACUUCUGUGCGACGUGCAAGUUGUUUGACGAUGAUAUAUCUAAAAAGCAAUACCACUGCAUUGGGUGUGGAAUAUGCAGAAUUGGAGGAAGUGAAAACUUUUUUCACUGCUACAAGUGUGGUUGCUGUCACUCUAUUUUGCUCAAGAACAGCCACCCUUGUAUAGAAGGAGCAAUGCAUCAUGAUUGCCCUGUCUGUUUUGAGUAUUUAUUCGACUCGAGGAACAAUGUGACUGUUAUGCCAUGUGGACACACCAUUCACCAGAAUUGCUUGAAGGAAAUGAGAGAUCAUUUUCAAUAUGCUUGUCCCCUUUGCUCGAAGUCCGUUUGUGAUAUGUCCAAGGUCUGGGAGAAAUUCGAUUUGGAGAUUGCCGCAACACCGAUGCCAGAGCCUUACCAGAAUAAAAUGGUGUGGAUUCUUUGCAACGACUGUGGGAAAACCUCUGAGGUGCAAUUCCACGUAGUGGCUCAGAAGUGCUUGAACUGCAAGUCUUACAAUACUCGCCAGACGAGAGGCUGAGAUUGCUUAUAAGGAGUGUCCCCAGACAACUAUGAUGGAUUUGAAGCCACAACGCAUUCCUGAAGUGGCAUCCCAACAUCGGCUCGAUUAAUCAUGGCUUUCUCCCAGUCUAAUCUGCUUGUUGGUGGUUCCCAUUAUUUCCUCAACAUCUGUACUUGAAAGGAGUUGGGAAUUCAUGGUAAUUGCGUCGAGCGAGCAGCACUGCCGCUGCAAUUUGUACCCUUUUUGAAUAAGCUGGCAUGCGUGGCUGUGGCAGAUUGCCUAUCGGAUGUCUACUUGAGCUUUCAGUCAUAGCUAAAGGCGGUCCUGUUUUGACGGGCUGCAUUUGAAGUGGGGUUUCCCCAAAAAUAAUUCUUGUAUGGAUCGAUUGGUCAAUGUUGACUAUUCUUUCAAUGGUCAAUAACAAUUCC